AUGCGCGAGCUCACCGCGAAUGCUGCCCUUGUAGCCAUCUACGAGCUCCUGGAGAUGAACAAGCUGCGGACCAUCGACUUCAUCCGACUCAUCGACCGCGACAGCGACGCCCACCUCGCACCGGCAGAGCUCCGGGAAGGACUUUUCAAGCUGGGCUACGAGAUCAGCGCUGAAGAGCUGGAUGCACUGACGGAGCUUCUAGAUGCAGAUGGAAGUGGCUCCAUCAGUGUGAAGGAGCUCGACCGGUGCGUAAAGAAGGCGGCGCUGGAUGCCCUGGAGGCAGCAGCACAGCGCGUGAUGAAGGACAGUCCACAGGAGUCCAUCAGCGACGUGCUGCAUCGUGUCAACACGGCCCUGCAGUCGGGCAAACUUACAGUGUAUGGGCGUAAGAUUCACGACGCGCACAGCUUCUUCAAGGCGAUCGACAAGGACGGAAGUGGGGCCCUGGAUCCCUCGGAGAUUCAGCGGGGCUUUCGCCGCCUCGGCGUGACCGUGUCAGACGCUCUUUUGCAGCAACUUACGGACGCGAUGGACACCAACGAAAAUGGCAAAAUAGAACUCAGCGAGCUGGUCCAUGCGCUGCAGAAUCCCCAAGGCGUUCAAAAACGUUCCAGCAUCAUCGAGGCGACCGGAGCGCCGCCGCUGCUCUCCUCCAGCCGUCGGCCGUCCUCGUCGUCGGUACGUGCUGCGAGCACGGGGGAUGCAGGCCGACGACUCUCCUCUGCUUCCGGUGCGGGAUCGCGUGAGGCUGGCAGCGUCCCACGACGCCAGAGUCCCUUCAACAGUCCCAGUCGCCGCCCAUCCGGCGCUGCGGAGCCCCAAGUUCAGCCUCAGACUCGAUCUUCCACCGAUGCAGCUGCGGCAGAUCUCAGCAGGAGGGGAUCCAGGAGAAGCAGCCAGGGGCGAAGCUCAAGCCCAAGGAGCUCCCAUGCCCCUGCACCUCGGGAUGUUCGGGAGAGCCGCGGCAGCCUCGAGAACAGCCCCGCCCCGAGGAGCUCCUUCACCGUGCACGCCCGCACCGAGGACCAAGGCCCUGUUGAUGCCAUGGAGGCGCUUCGCCAGAUCCACCGCCGCAUGGAAGAGACGAAGAUGAGGACAAUUGAUUUGUUCAGACUAUUGGACCGCAGUGGAGAUGGUACCAUCACGAGAAGUGAGCUCCGGAAGGGUCUCGAAGAGAUAGGGGUGAACAUCGAUCCUGCCUCCUUCAAGGCCUUAGUUGGGCAUCUGGACAGGGAUUCCGGCGGCACCAUCAACUUGAAAGAAAUGGACCGUGGAAUCAAGGAAGCAGUUCGGGAGAAGUAUGGCAAGGACGUCAUGAUCGACCCUGCUCAUUUUAUCGAGUACGAGCUGCUCAUGGAAGUGAACCGCUCCCUUCACGCAGGCACACAGAUGAUCUUUGGAAACCGCGUCACCGACAGCCGCAGCUUCUUCCGGGCCAUCGACCGGGACAACAGCGGAGAGCUGGAUGCUUCGGAGCUGGCCAAGGGGCUCCUGAAGUUGGGAAUCCAGGUGACGAACGAGGGCCUCAUGCACGACUUGGUGGAUUCCAUAGACAAAAACUCGAGUGGACUCAUCGACCGUGAGGAGUUUGUGAAGGCGCUCCAAAAUCCUGAAGAGCUUUUCGCCCUGCCCGAAGCGAAACCGAAGAAGGAGCGUGCCCCAGUAGAGCCAGGCCGUGAGGAAGACGCGACGAAAGUUUUGGCGGCGAUGCACGAGCACCUCUCUAACUCCAAGACUCGGACAGUGGACUGGUUCCGCAAGAUGGACACGAGCGGCGACGGCAAAGUCUCGCGAGCCGAAUUGAAACGGGGCUUGAAAGAGAUGGGCUGUGCAUUGACAGCUUCCGAGCUCUUGGCGAUUAUCAACUACUUGGACAAGGAUUCGUCCGGGGCAGUGAGCCUUCAAGAGCUUCAGCGAGGCAUGAACGCUGCUGUCAGGGCCGUCGCGGCAGCUGCCGGGGCAUUGGAGCCGGUCGUAGAAGGCCCGGCAUCCAACGCCUUCGAAGCCCUGGUCCAAAUCAACGCGGCGCUGCGAAGCAACACCCAGCUGAUCAUGGGCACACGGGUCACGGAUGCCCGGAGCUUCUUUAAGGCAAUGGACAAAGACGACAGCGGCAGCCUGGAUAAGACAGAAGUGGCCCGCGGCUUGAAGAGGCUUGGCAUUGAGGCGAGUCCAGACCUGCUAGAUCAGAUCGUGGCAGCCAUCGAUGUAAACAACGAUGGCGUCCUCGAGAUGAAAGAGCUGGUCCGAGCACUGAAGGACCCACGAGAGGCAGCCCCGCCGACGGCAAGCGACGCACCAGCCGGCCUUGUCGCAGAAAGUCCCGGCGCUGAUGAUGUCGAAGCCACUGAGCCGCCUGCGGCGGCAAGAUCCCUGAGCCCACUUCGCGAGGCCCGCGAUGCUGCUGCGCCCCUUGAAACCUCGGAGCCCACGGAAAAUGCAGAGGAGGCCCCAGGCCCUGCUCCGGAAAGUCCCGACGCCCUGAUGAUGGCGGCACCGGCGGCACCAGCAGCAGACUCAGCGCCAAGCCAAAAUGACUCGAAGGAAUCCGCACAGGAGCCAGCUUCGUCCUCAAGCAUCCUGCCCGAUGCCCCUGCCGAGGCGCAGACGGUGCAGCCCAGCAGCCAGGCUUCCAGUCCCGCAAGUCCCUCCAGGAAGUCGCGCGUCACCGUGCAGGGCAACGAGCGCAAGAGCGUCGUUGCAUCGAGGACUGGCACGAGGCCUUCGCUGAGCCCUACGAAGAGAGCUUCAAGGGCUGCACCGAGCAGUACGACAUCUACACCGCCACGCAGAAGCACGCGGCCGGACACGCAGCCUGUGCUGAAUCGAGGCUCCCCCCGGCCGGGUGACAAGCGCGCCAGCGCACUUCGAACGCCGCAGUAG